AAUUUCGAACUUCCCUCCCGCUACCCUUCUCGUCUUUUCCCUCUACAACCCGCGACGACGACUUUUCACUCACCUAUCGACAAACGCCAUAGCGGCCACGAACAAGAAGAAAACUCCAAGAAUAAAAGAUACCGCCCGCGAUGGCCAAGGAAGCGCCUGCCCGCACCGGGCUCACCAUCGGUAUCAACCGCGGCCAUAAAACCACCCCCCGCGCCGUCAAGCCCCGCGUCUCCCGGACCAAGGGCCAUCUGAGCAAGCGCACCGCUUUCGUCCGUGACAUCGUCAAGGAGGUCGCUGGCCUCGCCCCCUACGAGCGCCGCGUUAUCGAAUUGCUGCGCAACAGCAAGGAUAAGCGAGCCCGCAAGCUGGCCAAGAAGCGGCUCGGCACCUUCGGCCGCGCCAAGAGAAAGGUUGACGAGCUCCAGCGCGUCAUCGCCGAGGCUCGUCGGGCUGGUCACUAAAUUUGACGGCCGUGGCUUUCCCUCUUCUGAAAGAGUGAUAAACACAAACCAUGGCAACGGCGAAUCACGGGCGUUGAUCGAGGAUGGGUAAAUGAGUAAAAUGGAAAAAGGAGAGAAGCAAAUAUGAGGUCUGGCAUGGUCUGGCGUCUCGUAUUGCGGCAUGGAUUUCUUUUCCCCCUUCUUGCACGGAGGGGUCGGUUCGGUCAGAUCAGUUAGCCUUGCAAGCCAGCUCUUUACCUGGGAGAAGCUAUUGGCAAUCACACGCGGUCGAGCAGAGGAGAAAUAAAACGAAUCCUAUACGAUGCAUGCCCAUGCCGUCUGAUAUCUCUUGGUUAUCUGAUUACCUAUUCAGACAAGUCUUAACUACUACUCUACCCUCACAAUCAAAAUCCGUGUGCGUG